UUUUUAUCUAGGUGUGUGUACACAAAAAGACACACCUAGCUACAUUUCUAUUAUCAUAUAAAACUUUAACUUUACCUUUCCUCUUCCAAUAAAAAAACUAUCUUCUCUUCACCAAAUUCUGUUGCUCCAUCCUCUAUGGCCCUCUCACCUAAAUCAAGCUCGUUAGAAUUAUCAAUAUCGCUUCCAAGCUUCUCUCAAUUAUCUUCACACCCUUCAUCUGGUGAGCACAUGGUGAGAGAUUUGGACAUAAAUCAAACUCCAAAGACGGAAGAUCGUGAGUGGAUGAUGAUCGCUGCAGAACCGUAUGCCAACGAAGAAGAUAGCAACUCCUGCGGCCGGCGGCGCAAAAAGCUCCGUCUAACUAAAGAGCAAUCACAUCUUCUUGAAGACAGUUUCAUACAAAAGCAUACCUUAACCUCUAAACAAAAACUAGAAUUGGCCACUUUUUUGAAGCUUAGUCAAAGGCAAGUUGAGGUGUGGUUUCAAAAUCGAAGAGCUCGGAGUAAGCUCAAGCAUACGGAGAUGGAAUGUAAGUAUCUAAAGAGAUGCUUUGGGUCAUUGAAGGAGCAAAAUCGACUUCUACAAAAAGAAGUUGAAGAACUACGAGCUCUAAACGCAAUGCCGGCCUCGAUUUUAACCAUGUGUCCUCGUUGUGAACGUGCGACUGAUGCAACAGAUAAUGCCGUCAAGGAGGGAACAGCUACGAGAAGCCAGUCACGGAGGACAAUUUCCUCUUCCUCUUCCCUGUGUUGACUGGUUCGGUCAAAAGUCAAAUAUUGAAACGUCUAUUUAGAGUGAAGAGUAAAGAUUUGAUGAUUAAUUAGGAGGAUUUUGUGCAUAGUUCUUAAAUUAUUUAUCACAUCAAUGAGGAGAAAAAAGAAUUUGUUUAUUCCUCGUUUUAUAGGGUUCUUAUGUUUUUCUAACUUUACUUAUGGAUUCGUAAGUCCGUAACUUUAUUUUUCGUGUCCGUUUGGAUUGAAUCGGACUAUUAGUGACUUGAAAAUAGAUGUUAUAUCUUGUCUACCCGGCGUAUGUAGAGUACAAACUGAAUGGGAAACUAGAUAUUAGUGUAUUGACGUCAUUAUUAUUUGACUUCCACAAGUUUCAAAUAUG